AGCCGGCUAUAAAUACGGCUGCUACGCGGCGCACGGUUAGACAUUUUCCCAAAAUCAAAGGAAAGACAUUUGAGCAAGAACAGUGGGAAUCUGGCUUUUAUCUGAUCUGAUUAUUCUUCUUGUUUUGCUGUACGUUUCAUAUUAGUUUAAGCUCACUAUGUUGGUCAUGGGUGAAAUCUAUUUGAAGCACGUCGUGGUGGCAGCCGUGUGCUCCGUCCUGGCCACAAUGACGCUGGGGUCCCCGGUGGUGGGACCAGAGCCGAUCCGAUGUGCACCGUGUACUCCGGAGAAACUGAGCCAGUGUCCAGCGGUGGCGCCCGGAUGCGCCGAUGUGCAGCGUGAGCCCGGCUGUGGAUGCUGCUUCGCCUGCGCCCUGAAGGCUGGGGAGCUGUGCGGAAUCUACACGGCGCCAUGCGGCUCAGGACUGAGGUGCAUCCCGAGACCAAGCGACCCCCGGCCGCUGCACUCCCUCACCCGGGGACAAGCCGUGUGCACGCAAAGUACAGAGCCUGAGCCAACCUCCGAACCCCAGGUCCAGACUCAAGAUCAGGGAGAGCCAGAGCCUGAGAUGGAGAACGCAGCUACCAUCUCGGACCCCGGCUUCAGCCACUACCUCCCCGGCCACAGUAAGCCCUACGACCCGCGGGCUGCUGCCGACGCUCAGGAGAGCAUGAAAGCCAAACUCAUCGCCAUCCGCAAGAAACUGGUGGAGCAGGGGCCCUGUCACAUAGAGCUGCAGAGAGCCUUGGAAAAGAUUGCCAAGUCCCAGCAGAAAUUAGGAGAGAAGUUAACCAGAUUCUACCUCCCCAACUGUGACAAACAUGGGCUUUACAAACCCAGACAGUGUGAAUCCUCUCUGGAUGGACAGAGGGGUCGAUGCUGGUGUGUACACUCCUGGAACGGCAAGAAGAUGUUCGGCUCGACUGAUCUGUCUGUAAACGACGAGUGCCCUUAAAGAGGUCGACCAUUGAUGCAGAUCUCACCCAAAAAAUAAAAAAAAAAAGAGAAAAAAGCCACUGUUUGUUCCAUAUUGAUAGCUGUUUAUUUAUUGAUCUUGUCCAUGGUGGUGUUUAAUUCAGGUACACUGUCAUUGCGGGACUG